UCACAGCCCCCCUACACUAUACACCGCAUGUUCUACCAGGCCCUGGACAAAUAUGGAGACCUCAGCGCUCUGGGCUUCAAACGUCAGGGCAAAUGAGAACGCAUCUCCUACUACCAGUACUACCUGAUCACCCGCAAGGCUGCCAAGGGCUUCCUGAAGCUUGGCCUGGAACGAGCCCACAGUGUGGCCAUCCUGGGCUUCAACUCCCCUGAGUGGUUCUUCUCAGCAGUGGGCACUGUGUUUGCAGGUGGGAUUGUCACCAGCAUCUACACCACCAGCUCCCCUGAGGCCUGCUAGUACAUUGCCCACGACAGCCGUGCCAACAUCAUUGUGGUCAACACACAGAAACAGCUGGAAAAGAUCUUGAAGAUCUGGAAAAACUUGCCAUACCUGAAGGCAGUGGUGAUAUACCAGGAACCUCCUCCCACAAAGAUGGCCAACGUGUACACGAUGGAGGAAUUCAUGGAGCUGGGACACCAAGUCCCCGAAGAGUCCCUGGACAGCAUCAUUGAGGCCCAGACACCCAACCAGUGCUGCGCCCUGGUCUACACGUCAGGCACCACCGGGAACCCCAAGGGUGUGAUGUUGAGCCAAGACAAUAUCACAUGGACAGCGCGGUAUGGCAGCCAGGCAGGAAACAUCCAGCCGGCUGAGGUCCAAUAGGAGGUAGUGGUCAGCUACCUGCCCCUCAGCCACAUUGCUGCACAGAUCUAUGACCUGUGGACCGGCAUCCAGUGGGGUGCCCAGGUGUGCUUUGCAGAGCCCGAUGCCCUGAAGGGGAGCCUGGUGAACACAUUGCGUGAGGUGGAGCCAAUAUCCCACAUGGGUGUGCCACGUGUGUGGGAGAAGAUCAUGGAGCGCAUCCAGGAGGUGGCCGCACAAGCUGGCUUCAUCCGGCGCAAGAUGCUGCUGUGGGCCAUGUCAGUGACCUUGGAGCAGAACCUCACCUGCCCCAGCAGUGAUCUGAAGCCCUUCACAGCCAGGCUGGCAGAUUACCUGGUGUUGGCCAAGGUCCGCCAGGCACUGGGCUUUGCCAAGUGCCAGAAGAAGUUCUAUGGGGCAGCCCCCAUGACGGCUGAGACACAGCGCUUCUUCCUGGGCCUCAAUAUCCGUUUAUAUGCAGGCUAUGGCCUCAGCGAGACCACAGGCCCCCACUUCAUGUCCAACCCCUACAACUACCGGCUGUACAGCUCAGGCAAGGUGGUACCUGGCUGCUUGGUGAAGCUGGUCAACCAAGAUGCAGAGGGUAUUGGUGAGAUCUGCCUACGGGGCCGCACGAUCUUCAUGGGCUACCUGAACAUGGAGGACAAGACAUGGGAGGCCAUUGACUCUGAGGGCUGGUUACACACAGGUGACACAGGCCACUUGGACCAGGAUGGCUUCCUCUACAUCACAGGGCGCCUCAAAGAGCUGAUCAUCAUGGCUGGUGGGGAAAAUGUGCCUCCCAUGCCCAUUGAGGAGGCUGUGAAGACGGAGCUGCCCAUCAUCAGCAAUGCCAUGCUUAUUGGUGACCAGAGAAAGUUCUUGUCCAUGCUGCUCACCUUGAAGUGCACGCUGGACCCAGAUACCUCUAACCCAAUGGACAACCUGACAGAGCAAGCUGUGGAGUUCUGCCAGAGGGUGGGCAGCAGAGCCAGCACCGUGUCUGAGAUUGUGAGCCAGCGGGAUGAAGUUGUGUACCAGGCCAUCGAAGAGAGCAUCCGGAGGGUCAAUGCAAAUGCAGCUGCCCAGCCCUAUCACAUCCAGAAGUGGGCCAUUCUUGAGAGAGACUUCUCCAUCUCAGGAGGAGAGCUGGGUCCUACCAUGAAACUCAAGCGGCUCACAGUCCUGGAGAAGUACAAAGACAUCAUUGAUUCCUUUUACCAAGAGCAAAAGAACUAA